GAUGGUGCUCGGGGCCCCGGCUGCUGCUUGGCAGCUCGGAGCGGGGCUGCCUCCUCCCCCUCUGAGCUCAGUUCCUGCUGCCCUGCGUCUCUCCGGGCUGCUGGGCUCGCCUGGGUGCCGAGCUCGCCGCCAGCAUGUCUUCCAACGCCAGCCUGAGCAGCAUGCAGCGGCUGGUGGAGCAGCUGAAGCUGGAGGCCGGGGUGGAGAGGAUCAAGGUCUCUCAGGCAGCCGCAGAACUUCAGCAGUAUUGUAUGCAGAACGCCUGCAAAGAUGCCCUGCUCAUAGGAGUUCCUGCUGGGAGCAAUCCUUUCCGGGAGCCUAGAUCCUGUGCUUUACUCUGAAGUCAGGGAACGUCGGUGGAGAGUUUUCUUCAAGCAUGAAAUGAAUAACAGCUGCCUUUCCUUCUCAAGAAAACACUAUCUCUGUGCCCUACUUUUUCUGUGGCCAAAACAAUCUCCUAGAUAUUUAUCAGUCUAUUCUGGUGUAUCAGUAGUUCACUAGAUCUUUUGCUAAUAUGUGUAAAGUAUUUUAUAUGAGAAAGCACUCUUAAUAACUGAGUUAACAUUGUUUCCAUAGUUACUACACAAGGUUAUUUAAUGAUGAGGUUGUUUACAUUUUAGAAAGGAAAAAUAUUUUAAAAAUUUUACCAAAUAACUUUCCCCCCCCUUAAUAAUUGUGAUGCCUGGAUUAAGGAUUUUUCUACACACUUAAAUUAAAUUGCCUCUUCCUCUUACCCAGGCUUGGUAUUUACAUUUUCUAAACAGACACCCACAAAGUGCACGUUGAAAUACACAAGAACCCGCUUUUAGUAAGAGAACAGUGUUGCCAAAUGGAAAGGUUGUUUUUGUUUUUUGUUUUUUAAAUUUUUAAGACUUGGGAGCUAACUCAGACUGCUUUCCAGCUGCCUUUAAAUCAGUAUGUGAUGUCUUUUAUAGAAAUUGCCUGACAGUAUGUAGCACAGACUUGAUUCUUAUGACACAUUCACUACAGAAUGUCCAACCUGUUUACUCUCUUUCUUAUUUGUGCUUCUCAAGAUAUUGCUUUGUUGGAAUUUUCUUAACAGAUGUUUAAAAUAUGAUUAAUAAUAUUCACAGAACACUAGAAAAACAAGAAUGCAAAUUGAGUUCACACUCAGAAUUAUCAAGGCUUGAAAUACACAACUCAUUAAGCCUCUAUGAGUGUAUAAUGUUGUUGGUUGUGUGCCUUUGGUUUUUUACAGAGCACUUUUACAAGACCCUGCUUAUUUUUUUUAAGUUUUUCAUUUUGUUUACUCUCCAGUGUUCGUAUUAAUCUUUUAGAAGCUUGGAAAUAAAAUUCUUUUCCCUA